AUGGAUAUGGAGGUCAAAGAUGAGCUGGCUAGGGAGAGGUUUUUGAGUGUGUUUCCCCAGUUGAAACUGGAUCUUGAGGAGCGUAUAAGAAAGCUCCGCGAGCUCGCAGAUAAUGUUGACAGGCUACACAAGAACUGCACCAUCUCCAAGAUCGUAGCCGGCUCCGCUGGCGCUGCGUCUGGUGUCCUGAUCAUCCUUGGUCUGGGUCUGGCUCCUAUAACAGCAGGGGCCAGUCUGACUCUCUUGGCAACUGGAGCAGGGCUGGGAGCUGCAGCCACUGUGACUGAUGUGUCUACCAGCAUCGUGGAAUACUCAAGGAAAUGCAUUCAAGCCCUGAAAAACAUUGCGAGGAAUGUUCGUGCCAUCAAGCUCGCCAGAGUCAAACCUCGUCUAGUAGUCAAUGCCAGGCGGGUCAUGACAGCUCGGAGUGUCUCAGUUCGAAGUGGCAGGCAGGUGAAGAAAGCUUUUGGAGGAACUGCUCUGGCAAUGACCAAAGGAGCCCGGAUCAUGGGUGCGGCCACCGCAGGUCUCUUCCUUGCAGUGGAUGUGUACAACCUUGUGAAAGACUCAAGUCACUUGAAGGAGGGGGCAAAGGCAGAGUCAGCUGAAGAGCUGAGGCAGGAUGCCCGGGAGCUGGAGCGCAAGUUGGAGGAGCUCACCAAGAUCUAUGAAAGUCUGACGGAGGGCCCGACUCCAUGA